ACUGUAAUGACGAUGACGGAGUGUUGGUGGGCAGGUGGUCGGGCGGAUAUUCGGUUGGUACGGCACCUUCCAAGCGGGUUGGGAGGUGAAGAUUCUCAAACAAUACAUGAGCACGAACCAAACCAGUGAAGUAUGGGUGCGCUGGGUUUACCCUGUGUCCUCACCACAGUGUGUCGGGCGCUAGGAAUCCCUUGUCGGAGUGUCACCAACUUUGACUCAGCCCAUAACACAGACAAGGAACAUCUGAGCAUCGACAUGUACAACUACAAGCUGCCGAAUGGAGACUUUGAAGAAGAAGAAAUAGACUCGGUGUGGAAUUUCCAUGUAUGGAACGAGGCGUGGAUGAGUCGCCCUGACCUGGAGGACUCCGAGGGGAGAGAGGGGGUAUACGACGGUUGGCAGGUCAUAGACGCCACCCCACAGGAGAGAAGUGACGGCGUGUUUCAGUGCGGUCCUUGUCCUGUGGCGGCAGUUAAGGAGGGGCGUGUUCAUGUCGGCCUCGACACUGCUUUCAUCUUCGCCGAGGUGAACGGGGACAGAGUUGAGUGGCUUGUUAACCGGAGCAAAACGAAGUUCAUACAGCUGUCAAGGAAGAAAAACGCUGUUGGCAAGACAUCAGUACCCAUGCGCCGACCGGCAAGCCCUUUCAAUCAGGACGAAGAGGAAAGUGAAAGGCUGGAUAUCACUCAUGAAUACAAGCAUGAGGAAGGUUCUAAAGAAGAACGUGCAGUUGUCCGUCGGGCAGAGCGGGCGUUUAGGUUGGCCAACUUUGAAGGAAAAGAAGGGGAAGAACCAUCACCAAUAGAGGCCAUUGAACUUACAAUAGAAGAGAUUGGCGCCGUGUACUUGGGUUCUGAGUUGGUGUUCAAGUUGACCGCAAGGAACACCGGCGACAUGACUCGCACAGUCUCCAUCGCCAUGAAAUGUAGUAAUUCCGACUACACCGGCAAGUUUGAGGUGGUUUUAGCUGAGAAGAAGGAGACCAAUCUCGUCAUGAAGGUUGGCGCUGUGAAAGUGAUGACCGUGAAGAUUGACACCAUGGAAACUCUCAAGACUGCAAUAGGACGCACAUACACGUGCAGUGUCCUUGCAUCAGUCAAGGAAUCGGACAGCACUCUGAAGACAUCGGAAAGGGUGAAUGUGCGCAAUCCGCCCCUGGAUAUAACGGGACCUGAGAAGUGUAAGAAAGAGGGCGAGGUAACCGUUACUGUGUCCUUGACCAACACCAUGAACGUUCCUCUCACUAAAUGCAAGCUGAGCAUGGAGGGCCGUAUGAAGUGUGUGGACAAGACACAGGAGGAUAUGGAUAUAGGGGACAUCGGUGCGGGGAAAACGUGGUCUGUGAAGAUUUUGCUGAAGAUGGCGAAAGUCCCGGAGAAAAGGCUGAUGAGAUUCAUCAAUAUGGCAUUGUCAAGCGAAGAGAUUACGGAUGUGACGGGGACAUACGCUGUCCAGCUCAUCUGAAUUACUUUCAUCAUUCACAACCUUCGUACUUUGUGCGUCAACGUAUCACCUGAAGGCGAGGACUGCCAAUGCAAACGCCCGUAAAAUCCCUCAGUAUGUCUCAGUAUAUCGGUGUUUCAGAUCGCCAUUGUGACAUUGCUUAUGUCAUAAUUGUGUCUUCCUUAAAAUAGAGUGCAGCAACCGCUCUGUCAACAUUUGUUUUUUUGCAUAUAAAAAUGCCUAUUUUGCUUGUCGAGAUAAAGAUUUGUAACUAUGUAAUUUGCAACAAAUGAUUUUUUUUAGCUCAGUUAGUUUUGCACACAUAAAAUGUAGUCCCUAUUUUAUACAUGGUGUACGUAUUUCCUUCCAUAAUCAUUUGUCUUCUAAAGUUAAAUAAUUGAAAAAUUCAAAUUUAAGUCUUAAAAUGAUGGUGAAAUAGAAGUGUUUUCAUUUGUUGUUAACAUAUAUUUCAUUAAGGGAAUAAGUGUUAAGCUCUAUAGUAAUAAUGAUUGAAAUGUUUGACAAUUAUUUAACAGGAGUAUGUGUUCAGUUAUUGUCGGGAUAACAGUAUUUGGUACUUUUAUAGAUUUCAACAUUUCUCUUUUUGAUGUGUGAGGUUAAGCGUGUAGUUUUGGUUGCACCAGUUAACCCCCCAAUUUCGUUCUUCAAAUUUCACCCAUUUCAGGGGCGGUGUGUGUAGCCUAAGUGGUUAAACCCGGGUUCGAUUCCACAUAUGGGCAUAAUGUGUGUACCCCAUUUCUGGUGUCCCCGCUGUGAUAUUGCUGGAAUAAUGUUGCUACAAGCGGCGUAAAACUAUAUUCACCCACUCUCAUGUUUCACAUCACGUCAGUGAUUAACAUUGCAUGGAAAGUAUCCUUGUAUCUAUUGUAUUUCAGACAAAUAAAAUGUAGCCAAAACC